AUGCGGGGUAAGUGCAACUCGUGGUGCUUGCUCCUUGUUGUAGCCCGGGUUGUAGUUCCCGUGCCGGGUGUAGUAUCUCGUCAUCUGUGUCUAUCUUUCUAAGCACUACUUGUCAUUUUGUGCUGCAGCAUCACCUUGUACAUAAAUAAAUCCGAAGAGCAAAUGGAUGUUUAACACAAACAUCUUGACAUGCUGAGUUUCCUCUCGAUCUCGCCUUCGUAUGAGAUGGCAUGAGGGAACUCUUUCGAAUUUGUUUUGCUUUUCGAUUUUGUUUUGCUUUUUGUUUUAGUUGGAUUGUGUGUCCAUACCAGGCACCUAUCCUGCCUUGCUCGUGCGCAUACGUACGUAGAUCUCUGGCACUUGUGCCUCGAGGUUUAGGGUCGGAACGUUCUCAGCACUGCUGAAGCUUUAGAACCAGAAGGGCGGGCCCGCCUAGACGGAUCAGAGCAAUAGGCUUUACUAGCGCUUUUUAUGUAGUAGUCUUACUUUGCCUUCCUUUUGCUUGCUUUUCUCCUCCUGGGCCCUACUGGCACCAAGCAGUGUUUUUUUGGGUGGGUUGUAUUAUGGGAUUUAUUAUAUAUUAUUUUCAAAAAAUGCUUAUACUUUUUUUUUCAAAAAUGUUGCUUCUACGCCUUUCUCCGCAUUCCGCCAUGUGCGCCUUCUUCUUCCCUUCCUCCGCGACCUCCGCUACACGUCCCGGUUCCGCAGCCUACGCAGCUCGUCCCUGUGCCGAGGCCUACGCGGCAAGGGUUUCAGGGUUAAGGGUUUGUUUAGGGUUCUUAACAUGAUUUUAUUCUAGAGGUCUCCUCCCCUGUCGCGCGAGCUAUGGGUAGUAGUUAGAGCCUCUAAUCUCCCUUGGGAAAGGGUACCAUAAACGAGAAGCACGAGAAGCCUUACAUGAUCCAAGCCAUUCGAUUCUACUGCCGAUUUAGCGGCCCAGCCACCAUGUCGACACUCCACUUCGAUGCUUGUUUCGGUUUGAUUUAACGAUGGCACGGAUUGGAAUUUAAUUUCGAAACAUUAAACGGGAUAUAAUUCGGAUCAGGGGUAAAAGGUACACGUAAUUGUAAUUAUUGCAUAUCAUAUGCCUAUCGCUUCGGUCACAUGACUCAUGUCUAAUGCCUACCAUGCCAUGCAAAUCAAAAAACAAAUGAAGACUUUGAUCAGGAACUGAAUCACAAGGGACUAAAACACAAGGGGCAUCGUACUUCACGCAUUUGUUUACCACAUCAAAGUCGAGGAUUGUUAACCACGGAGAGGACACCACAUGGAGGGGAUUUAAACCGAAUUUGUUACACAAUCGGGAUUCAUUAUUUUGAACCGGGGAUGAGUGUAAGGCGAGAUUUUACAAACGGGGGUGCACUUUCUGCAGAUGCAGCUGGGGGUAUGCGGUACUUUCUUAGCAUGUCAUUAUAUGUGUCUAUCUUUCUAAGCACUACUUGUCAUUUUGUGCUGCAAGACGAAGCGCUCUUCCGCCUACAAGACGAAGCGCUGCCGCUGAUGCGCGGCCUACCAGGGGAUCAUCGCGGUACAAACCUACAAAAAAGUGGCAGGCACUCCUCGGUCUUCUUGGAGGGCGCGAUACACGCGCACGCCUAGACUCGGCACCAGAAAGAUUCAUACUCCUUUCAUGCAUGACAAAAAGUUUUCAUUUGGAAACUUCGCAGCACAAAUUUUUGCAAUUUUAGGGGUUGGGGGCAUUUUUCACUGUAAUAACUUGGCGCAGAAAACGCUACUGCUUCUGCUUCUUCGUCUGACGCAAUUAACUCCCAGAAACAAGUUGAGACCCGGAGCAAGUUAUGCAUUGCAAAUAUGUCUGCGUCUGGCUCUGGAAGAGUGCGCGAUUUGUCAUGCUCGGCUAGCAUAACUCUCGAGCGGCCUGUCACUUUGUGCUGCAGCACUACUUGUCAUUUUGUGCUGCAGCGUGAAGUUCGCGACAAGGAAAUAAACGCUGAUCAAUAAAGUAAUUCCUCCACACCUGAGCGGGUUAUACCUCAAGCACCCAAAUUCCCCCUACCGAGAUCAGCCCCUAUCCUGUGCAGAAGUAAUAUCGUACCAGUAGUCGUAAUUGCAUUACAAAUUUGAUGCUUGGCGUGGCAAAUUGGAUUUGUAAUGCUGUUUUACCUUCAGGAAAUGAUUUGUAAUGCAUAGCUGCAAUUAGGAGUACGAGUGCGAUAUUUUUUUGCAAUCCAUAGCCCCCACUACCCGACCAUUUCCUCAAGCCCUGCUCCAACACCUCCCCGAUUCUCUACAUAUCAAAUGCAAAAAUGUCUGGGUCUGGAAGAUUCCGAGAUUUGUCAUGCUGAUCUGGCAUGGCCCUCAAAUCUGUGCUGCGUGACCACAAACAGCCUCUCUCGCCUGUCAUGCAAUAACGCAGUUCCUCAUGCGGAAUACGCAGCACAGAAGCACGAAGCAACUUGUCAUGCUUGGCGGCGCAAAUACAGUGCAUUUGUUAUUGACUGACUUGCAUCACAUGUUUCUAAGCACUACUUGUCAUUUUGUGCUGCAGCAUCACCUUGUUCGCGACAAGGAAAUAAACACUGAUCAAUAAAGUAAGUAAUUGAAUUCCGCCACUUGCCUAUGCCUUGUGGGCGAGUGCAACAACAUCUAGUGAUCUGGCACUACCGUGACCCGGCUCUUGAAAAAGAGCGCGGCACAGCUGUGUUACUGAAUGAAUGAAGAGGAAAAAGUGCACAGGAACAAGUUGUCAAUGCAUUUGCAACGAGAACAAGAACAUCAGGCAGUUUCGUCCGCUACUAAAACGUCGAAAAU